GUUUACUGCCUUCUACGCGGGCGUGCAAUACCUCAAAGUGGUGUUAAACCGGUCCCUUUUCCAAAUGUCCCUUUUGGCAGAAAUAAGUGGAUUGGACCAAUAGAAAGGUGACAGGGAAAGACAAGCUGCGUUUCACGGUCAUGGAAACUGAGCGGUGUGCGAGCCUGCCUUGCAGCCAAUGCCCAAUAAGUGCGUGAGGGAAACUAUAUAAGACGGGUUGUGGGUCUGCAUUGGGUACUUCUGCCCAAAUUGGUGGCUGCAGGGAGGAGAGUAGAAGACAUGCCAGUGAUUGGAGUUGAGAGCAUUCAAUCUGCAGGUGCACCAUCUGCAUGCACAGUGGGAAAACAGACCAACAUGAGCUCCCAGCCAGAAAAUGGUCAGUACCACAUGGACCUUAAUCUGGAUCAUGGUGACACAGAGUCCAGGCAGACUAUUCCCAUGCCCAUCCCUGACCUGGAGGUCCAGUACACUAAGAUAUUCAUUGAUAAUGAGUGGCAUGAGUCAUGCAGCGGACGGAAGAUGCAGGUUCACAACCCUGCUACUGGAGACCUGCUGUGUGAAGUAGAGGAGGCCGACACCGAGGACGUGGACAAGGCGGUUUGGAGUGCAAGGGCAGCCUUCCAGCUAGGGUCUCCAUGGCGAUGCAUGGACGCGUCUGACAGAGGGCAACUGCUCACCAGGCUCGCUGACCUGGUCGAGAGAGACCGCUUACAACUGGCGACGCUGGAGGCCCUUGAUUCUGGGAAAGUCUUCCUCAUGGCGUACUUUGUGGAUCUUUUGGCCACCAUUAAAACCCUGCGCUAUUACGGAGGAUGGGCCGAUAAGAUACAAGGCAAAACCAUUCCUGUGGACGGAGAGUAUUUCACCUACACACGCCAUGAACCCAUAGGGGUGUGUGGACAAAUCAUUCCUUGGAAUUUCCCGGUGAUGAUGUUUGCCUGGAAGAUUGCUCCAGCUCUGUGCUGUGGAAACACUAUAAUCAUUAAACCAGCAGAACAAACACCCCUCACGGCACUGCACAUGGCCCACCUUAUCAAAGAGGCUGGUUUUCCCCCUGGUGUGGUGAACGUGCUGCCAGGAUAUGGUCCGACAGCAGGCAGUGCCAUUGCUCAUCACAUGGACAUUGACAAAAUAGCCUUCACUGGAUCAACCGCUGUAGGGAAACUCAUCCAGCAGGCUGCAGGUGAAAGCAACCUAAAACGUGUCACUCUGGAGCUGGGCGGCAAGAACCCCAAUAUUGUCUUUGCAGACUGUGACUUGGAGUAUGCAGUGGAGCAGGCCCAUAGUGGUCUUUUCUUUAACCAGGGCCAGUGCUGUCUGGCAGGCUCCAGGGUGUUUGUGGAGGACUCUAUCUAUGAGGAGUUUGUCCGUCGUAGUGCAGAGAAGGCCCGGAACAAGGUUUUGGGAAACCCACUGGUUCCAGGAGUUGACCAAGGGCCACAGAUAGAUCAGAAGCAGUUUGAUAAGAUCCUGGAACUGAUUGAGAGUGGGAAGAGGGAAGGGGCCACUCUGGAGUGUGGAGGGGGACCGUGGGACCAGAGGAGCCUUUUUAUCCAACCCACUGUCUUUUCCAACGUCACUGACAACAUGCGUAUUGCUAAAGAAGAGAUCUUUGGACCGGUGCAGCAGAUCAUGCGUUUCUACAGCGUUAAGGAGGUUAUUCAAAGAGCCAACACCACCCAUUAUGGCCUUGCAGCGGGAGUCUUUACCAACGACAUUGACAAAGCCCUCACCGUGUCCUCAGCACUACAGGCUGGCACCGUAUGGGUGAACUGCUACAAUGCCAUGAGUUCCCAGUGUCCCUUUGGAGGAUUUAAGAUGUCCGGAAAUGGAAGGGAACUAGGGGAGUAUGCCCUCCAGGAGUACACAGAAGUCAAGGCUGUAACCAUCAAAAUCUCACAGAAGAACUCUUAAGACCUGUUGACCCUUUCCCAUGCGCUAGGAGGACGUUCUCCAAGUUCUCCACCGUCAUUCUCCAUGGACAAACUGAGAAUUCUCUGCAAUGACUAUCGUAUGCCAACAGACAUGGAGAUUUUGGACUGCAAAACAACUCUCACAAUGCUCAAGUUUUCUCAGAAUUAUCAUAACCAUUAGAGAUGAGAGCACUUAGUCAAAUACAAGUUUGUUACCGAUGAAUGCAUGCACAAUUGGUGAACGUUGUCAUCAGUUGGAAUCAUAGAUCGUGUGUUGUGGUCCAGUUUGAGUUUGAUUGGAAUCAUCUUAAUAAGUACAUUUUAUAGAUGCGUUUACACAGGCAACCCAAAUGAUAUUUGUUCAGUGUUUGGUCUGUCAUUAGAUAAUCUCACAUUAGGUAUUUUUAUCUGACUGGCUAAAAGACCAAUUGGUGAACAGAAAUGGGAUGCAUGUGAUCCAUUUUAAAAGACCAAUUCAGUACGAUUUGUUAGUUGUGCAUUGUGCAUAUGUUUUCCCCAAUUUGUUGUUGUUAUUGUUAAUGCAUAAUGACCAUAUUUCUGUAAAUGCCAACCAAAUGCCAAGUGUUCGCGUUAAUCUCCCAUAAGUAAGCAUAUAAAACAUGAUAUAUCUAACAGGUAUAUUCAUUGAAAUAUGUUGUAACUAACAUAGUACUUGUUGUAAUAGAAAGAGAAAAACAGUCCAUAGAUUGAGAACCAUUUAAAACCCCUACUGAUUGGUUCAAAGUGUGUUUGUUUUGUCCACUUUGUUGUUAUUGUUAAUGUCUCUUUAGGUAAAUGUGUUUGUUUCUGUGUAACUCUUGUAAGUAACCAUAUAAAAGCUGAUAUAUCAGA